GAUAGUUUUGGCCAGAGGUGGGCUGCAUUUGUGCGUUAGGGGUUAGUACAAGGGGUUUAAACACUACCGCAUAAACCAGUUUUAGUAUCACUAUCAGUAUCUUAUAGUAUGAGGUAAACUUGCAUCUUUCUAACGGUUGUCAGCUUUAAAUUUUUUUGUUUUGAUCUGAAUUCACGGUUUCUGCGUCGCUCACCAUGUAGAAAUUAUUUAAAUGCAGAUGUGAUGCAUGGUCAGAUCAAAUGGGCUUAUAAGAAGGGGACUUGAGAAGCGUUAACAGAUGUGGGACAUGUGUCAGAUAAAGACUUGCGAAGAUGUCAAGCACAGAUGCUGCAAAUGCAAUAUUUUUUUUCAGCGCUGCUUUUAAAUUGAAAAAAAAAAAACACUUCCGUUUUCUUUUGCAGAAAAAUCAUACAAUGAAUGCACCACAGUUGGAAUUUUACUUUUAUUUUUAAUUUGUCACGGCUGGGAAAGCACUGUUGGGAUUACUGCUCGUCAUCCAGAAAAUGGGGGGCAUCCUCCAACCUUAAUGUUUUCCUACAGAGUCUCAUCAGUGAGUUUUAACUGUGGAUCAACCCUGGCGUCCUGUGCAGUGAAAUAGAUAAUCUGAUAAAAAUGGAUUUUCAAUUGAAUAUGCCAGAGAAACAUUCACAGGUCCCUUCUGCAGCGUGAAGGAAAAACUCAAACUGCUACCACUCAGAAAGACAUCAAGAGCUUUGCCUUCCAAGAUGGUACUCUGUCCUUUUAACCAGAGCUCAAGGGCCAUUGAGAUCCAACAGAACCAAACAGAGCCGUUGUCUUCUUUGAAUAUUUUCACCAUCACCCUCCAUGGCCUGUUCUCUACUAUUGGCAUUUUGGAAAACCUCCUCAUUCUCGGAGUAGUGGGCUUCCGCGUCCGCCGCUCCGUCCUCAGCAUCUGGAUUCUCAACCUAGCAGCCUCCGACUUCCUAGCCACCGCCUCCCUGCCCGUCUUCACCGCCUACAUGGCCCGCAGGAACACCUGGACGCUGGGUACGACCUUCUGCCGCAUGCAUUCCUCCAUCUUCUUCCUCAACAUGUUUGUCAGCGGCUUCCUGCUGGCGGCCAUUUCUGUGGACCGUUGCCUGGUGGUGAUGAGACCGGUGUGGGCCCAGAACCACAGGAACCCCGCACUAGUGGGGAAGGUGUGUGUGGUGAUUUGGAUCAUGGCUGUGAUUUGCACCAUUCCCUUUUACAUAUUCCGUGACACCAUUCAGCUGCCCAACGGCAAGGUUCUCUGUUACUACAACUACGCUCGAUUCCCUAACAAGGAGAAUUACAACAAGAAAUGGCUGGAAUCUUUAUGUAAGCAGCGCAAGGAGGGCUUGGCAUUCAUGAAGCUCUUCUUUGCCUUCCUCAUUCCUCUGGCACUCAUCAUCCUCAGCUACGUUGCCGUGAAUUCUGCCUUGGCCCGCAGAAACUGCCGAAGGCCUUUCCGUUUUGUCCGGCUCGUGAUGGCGGUGGUGGUGAGUUUCGUAGUCUGCUGGGCUCCCUACCACCUGUUCAUCGUCAUAGAGGUCAUGGCCCCUAAAACGCAUCCUGUGCAGACAUUUAUUACAAAGGCCCUCCCAGUGUCAGCGACGAUCGGCUUCCUUAACAGUGUCCUCAAUCCCAUCCUGUACGUCUUCAGUUGCCCUGACCUGUGCAAAAAGAUCAGACAUUCUAUGGGUGCAGUGAUGGAGAGUGUACUGGCUGAGGACCUGCUCGAGCUGGCCCGCCGCCGCAGCACUGUUCGCAGCUCUAUCAGCAUGACGGACAAUGCGUCGAGGAAGAAGAAUUCCGUCCCAAUGUUAAGCUCAAAAACAGAGGAGCAGGAGCUGGGUGAAAGCUCAAGUCAGAACUGAUGCGUGCAUUCUGUAGUAAUGUCACACGUUGAGCACUUACGUCACCUGUGUUUCCGAGCGUCUCCUUUUCUGCCUCAUAUCAGGCAUGUGAUAUUUUAGCAAGAAGGUCUCAUAUUCAAGCUCUCAUUAUUCCUGAUGCCAUUUCCUUCAUUUAUUAUUAUUAUUUUUUUAAUCAUUUCAAAUUAAAAGUGUUCAAGCAAUACACUUGACACAAUCCAUCCAGUUCCUGCAAGGCUUUUAAUUUGAAACAUUUGCAAGUUGUAUUACAUUUCAUUGCAUGGACUUCCUCAUUUUCAGAGGACGACAGCGUCCACUCAAGUUCGUCUCAUUAACAGAAUGGACAUGUUCAUUAUUCACAUUUACAAUGAGAGCCACAAGCCGAGCGCACACACUUGGCCCUUUAUGUACUCACCACUUAUCCCAGCAAAGAAUGUGCAGUGUUUCAUUUAAUCUUCUUAUUUUGACUUGAGUGUUUGAUAAAAGUGAAUACUUGGUAAGUUUUUAUUAAAUUUUUUUGCUUUGUAAGCACAUGUUGCAGAUGCAUGAGGCGUCUCAUGCAAGAUGUUAUCAUGUUCUGCACUGUGCUCACACGUGCUGAUUUUAGAGAUACAUAGAUAUACGUAGAGACAUGCAUGUUUUUGCUAUUGUUAUGAAUGAGAAAAUGUCUUUGAACCUCUCUCUCUAUAUAUAUAUUUCUUUUUCAUAGUGUAAAAUUACAUUUGUAAACAUUAAUAAAAAAGAACUGAUGCUUUGGUUUCCGCAA